AGCUACAAAAUGGUCAUGCUAUACCUCUGAAGGCAGCUCAGGUCAUAGCUGAUCGUGCAGCACUGAGCCAGUCAGGUUAUUUUGGUUUUUGUAGUGUGGAGGAAAGCCUAGGGACCACAGACAUCAGGGACUAGAGCGAACCAACAGGAAGUCAUUGUUGAUUUGGCCAAUCACAUCCAGCGCAGUCCAGCAGGACAGAAUCCACAGAGAGGACUCUUCCCACUAGCAUCCACUCUGCCUGUAGCUGCGUUAGCUCUGUCAUUAAGUUCACCUUGUUGACCAGCCCUUUCACGGGCUGCUGGACGCACAACAACAGUGGAGAGCUGUCAUUUUCACUCCGACACGGACGAGUAGAGCAGCGAGUGAACUAAGGAGCAUUUCGGGUGGGAGACACCGGUGGAGAUGUGUAAUAAGCUGCACUGGACAGCAAGGACCUACCUGGCUGCCAGUCCAUCGACUGACAGCUGUCACCUAGCUGCUUAGCUAACUAGCUAGCUAGGUGAGCUAACGGCUAACAAGUGUUUUUUCUCGCAGCCCGGCUAACUGAGCCAGCCAGUGCGGAUCUCGGUUCAGAGAGGAAAACGGCGACUUCUCAGCAGCAUUUGACUCCGCCUGCUGUUCAAACCAUGAGUUAGCCGAGCAGCGUCGGGCAGCAGUGUUUGUAAUAUUUUGAGGUCCAGCUAGUGUAGCUAGCUUUUUAGCUCGAAGCUAGCUAGCUCACUCAAUUAUUGAAAAACUGCUGAAGCGUUAACACCUCAGCGAACAGGGACCGAUUAUACCCGACCACGAUCGCGGUUACGACGCGGACACAUUGUGGACUCGGUUGGAUAAAAUCUCGGGGAAAUGAAGAAAUUUUUUGACUCUCGUCGGGAGUUCGUGGGCUCCGGGCCUGGUUCUGGAGCCGGUGGAGGAGGCGCUGGUUCUGGCGGCGGUGGCAGCUUCAUCGGACGGGUCUUCAGCAUCGGACGAUAUCAAGUGACCGUGGAGGAAAUCGUCGCCGAAGGAGGUUUUGCCAUAGUUUUUUUGGUGCGGACUCAUCAAGGCCUACGUUGUGCACUAAAAAGAAUGUAUGUCAACAACGAACAUGAUCUGCAGGUCUGCAAACUUGAGAUACAGAUUAUGAGGGACCUAGUGGGCAACAAAAACAUAGUUGGUUUCCUGGACUCCAGCAUAACUGCCGUCGGAGCGGGUGAUGUGUGGGAAGUCCUGAUCUUAAUGGACUUUUGUCGAGGUGGGCAGGUGGUCAAUUUAAUGAAUCAGCGGCUACAGACAGGCUUCACUGAGGCCGAGGUGCUGCAGAUCUUUUGCGACACAUGUGAAGCUCUCGCUCGUCUCCACCAGUGCAAGACUCCAAUCAUCCAUCGAGAUCUCAAGGUUGAAAAUAUUCUCCUGCACGACCGGGGACACUAUGUGCUCUGUGAUUUUGGAAGUGCCACCAACCGCUUCCAAAACCCUCAAACGGAGGGGGUGGCAGUGGUGGAGGAGGAAAUUAAAAAGUACACAACUCUGUCAUACCGCGCCCCAGAGAUGGUCAACCUCUACGGUGGAAAAGUCAUUACAACAAAGGCAGACAUUUGGGCCAUGGGUUGUCUACUCUAUAAGCUGUGCUACUUCACGCUUCCUUUUGGUGAGAGCCAAGUGGCGAUCUGUGACGGCAGCUUCACUAUCCCAGACAAUUCGCGCUACUCCCAGGAAAUGCACUGUCUCAUUAGAUACAUGCUGGAACCUGACCCAGAUAAGAGACCAGACAUCUACCAAGUAUCCUACUUUGCCUUUAAACUGGCUCGACGAGAAUGUUCAGUCCAAAAUGUACAUAAUUCGCCCAUUCCUGCAAAACUUCCUGAGCCUAUCAGAGCCAGUGAAGCAGUGGCCAAAAAGAGUCAAACCAAAGCCAGGCUCACAGACCCAAUUCCUACCACAGAAACCUCAAUUGCACCUAGACAACGGCCCAAAGCUGGCCAGGCCCAGCCACAGCCUAUAUCAGGCAUUCUUCCCAUCCAGCCAGCUCUCACACCACGCAAGAGGCCCAGCGUGACAACUGGAGCGCCCCAGGCCAUAGGCGUUGGUAUCGGUGUCCCACCUCCAGCUGCAGCUGCUGUCCAGCCUGCUCAACAGGCUUCUGCUGCGCAAGCUGCAGCACAGCCAGCACAGACAGCCAACAUGCAGCCACAGGCUACACCUCAGCAUCAGCAGCUCCUCAUAAAGCAGCAGCAAGCUUCAGCCUUCUUAAGCCCCCAGAGCAACCAGCAGCAUCAGCUGGUGCAGAACAUCCACCAACAGCAGCAACAACAAACACCGUCUCAAGCGUCUACUCUGCUGCAGUCCAAAGCUAAACCUGUUCCUCCAGUUGUUACCCUGCAGCAUCAGCAGCAUGUAGCAGCUCCACAUCUCACACCCAUCCCUGAGUCUGCAGUCACUGGCCCUGCAGCUGACCCAGAGACAACUAGCAGAGGGAUGCACAAAGUUGGAUCCUUGACACCCCCUUCGUCGCCAAAGAUGGCCCCCAAGAGUGGCCACAGACGCAUCCUGAGCGAUGUCACCCACAGUGCCCUUUUUGGGGUCCCAGUCAGCAAGUCCACCCAGCUACUUCAGGCAGCCGCAGCUGAGGCCAGCCUCAACAAAUCCAAAUCAGCCAGCACCACUCCUUCUGGCUCCCCCUGCUCGUCCCAGCAGAAUGUGUAUCAUCCAGGUGAUGCUGACGCUCCAUCAGCACUUACUGCAACCAGCACUCAGCCCAGCUGGAACCCCUUCGGAGACGAUAACUUCUCCAAACUAACAGCAGAGGAGCUGCUCAACAAAGACUUUGCCAAGCUAGCUGAGACUGCUGCGGCAGGAGAGAAGGUCACGGACUCCAGUGAAAAUCUCAUUCCAGGGCUCAAUGCUUUUCCAGCUGAAAGAUCUGCAGACAGCACAAGUGCAGGUUCAGGACUGCUGACUGCCCCGGACUCCUUUAAUACCCACUCACUCUCUGACACCACAGCAAAAGCUGAAGUGUGUGUGGAUUCACUGAUUCCUGGUUUGGAAGCUCCCCAGGCUCAGAGACAUUCAGGCCAGCCAGAGCUCAUCCCUGCCAGCAUGCCAGACUCUCUCACUGGGGAGGACUCUCUGCUGGGUUGCGAUCUGUUAUCUCAUACUUCUCAUGGAAGCCAGUCUGUUUCUGCUCUCCCUUCCUCCUCCUGCUCCUCUGCUCCUCCUGGCUCCGGCUCUGGAUCCUGUCUGGAGGAGCUGCCACCUGGUCAGACUGCUUCUGACUCUGCUUUCCUCAUGUCGUGUGGGGAGAAGGGCAAUGACGACGAGUUUGACCCUAUUCCCGUGCUCAUCUCCAAAAACUCAAAUCAAGAUGCGCAAGGGGAGAGUAAUGGCUACUCUGUGCUUGACGAGGGACAAGAGACUGAAACUCUCGAAGGAAGUCCUCAGAAAGACGAGGACUGUGUGCACUCCAGCGACGAAGACGAGGAGAAAGAAGCCCAAAAGGAAGAGCAGCAGGAUGAGGGAGUCAUUGAGAGCCAUGUUGCCGCCCACGACUGCAGCGGCUCUAGACCUCUGCUGAUGGACUCUGAGGAUGAAGAAGAGCCUCAGUUGGCUCUCCAGUCAUCGCUGCUCUCCAGCACAGUACCAACACAACCAUCGUCUACCUUCCAUCAACCUACUUCAAGCACCUUCGCUCAGAAUCAUUCCUCGCAUCCGCACGAGCCAGAAAAGGGGACCGAUGUCGCUGCAGACGUCUUCUCCAAAGCCCCCUUUCGGAUCGCGCAUGAAGACACAAGCGAUGUGUUUGCCAACGCUCCUUUCCCACACGCCCCCCUCGUAGCACAGCAGCAGCUCGACGUAUUCUCUCAGGCUCCGUUCGGAAAGAGAAAGGAGGCCGCAGGGGUGCAACCGAAGACCUCAUAUCCCCAUGCAGCCGGUGUUCACGCUGUAACCUCUGAUCAAGGUGUGUUGGGACAAGUUGCCCAGCAGCCCUUCCGCCCUCAAGCUCUGGCCAAAUAUUCCCGACACUUUGAGGGACCUUUGCCCCAGCAGCCGGUAGCAGCUCACAGGGUGGUGUCUAAUGUGAGCAGGCAAGCCGCCGUGGCAUCGGUCCCUGUUGGACCUCUUCACUCAUGGACCUCAGAAGUGAGCGCUGUAGACCCCUUCGUCUCCGCACCCUUCCACCUCAAGGCCCCACAAGAGAAGCCCUGAAUGCACACUCAGAGGUCGGGGCAGUGGGAAUCGGCGCCACUAAAUUAUGCAAACUGUAACAGGCACGCUGCAUGCUGACACCAGCGCUGCAGCUGGACUGCAGGCCCGCAUGGAUCUCCUUCUUAACUGGCUCCAAUUAGAUCUGAUAGUGCAAAGUCAUCUUUACUAAACUGACAUCAUUCCCACACUCCUUGUCACUUUUUUAUUUUUCCGGCGAUCUCCUUCCAGGUUUUGAAUUGUCCUUAAACCUUCUGGUAUACAUCUCCACGAAGACAAUAUGGUGGUCAAGCAUUUGAUUGUUUUCUUGCCUACCUCAGUUACCUUUUGUGUCGGCGCUGAAACACCACACAGUGAGGGAGUUCGUAGAUUGCAGCUUUGGCAGUUUUAUUUUCCUGUACAUUUGAGCUCAACUGUGAAACUAUGAUCUGAAAACGCCUCAUUCCUCCGUUGUAUGGGUUCUCAGAAAGGACAAAUUUCAGCUUGAAUCAUAAGAUUAUAACUUCACAGAAGCUUGAAAGAGGAGAAGGACACCGUGUAGCACUAACAUGGAGUGAAACAGUCUCCGCAGUCUUAUGCGUAUUCACAUCAAACAAGAAGUAUGUAAACCGCCUUACAGUGACACCCUCAGAGUCAAUAGUUUUGGGCCUUUUGGUCUGUGAAGCAGAUGCUGGAUACUGUUGCAUUUCAAGGAUCACAUUUGUUCAUGUGAAAUGUAAGGGUUUUUUUUGUUUGUUUUUUUUUCAAUCCAAAAUGUUUGCAUUUUUGUCAUGUGUAUUAUGUUUGUAGUCGCUGUCCUGUCUCAUGAAAAUGGAAUACCAGUGUUUGUUCCAUGUAAUGUACGAACCUUAUAUACAUGUUAGGCAUAGAAAAUUCAUUAUAGUGGCUCCUAUGUUAUAUAAAUGUCAAAUAUUCACUUUUCUUUUUACCUCCUUACUGUACAAGCUGACAUCUCAGAAGCCUUACACUCUUCCAGUACUUCCCUCCUACCACAUCAAACAGCAUAUAUCACCUUUGCCUUUCGUGCCCUCCUGAAGAAAACUGCUGCAUUUACAUCAUUUAAUUGCACUCGCAUUCAGCGCCAAAUACCUGUGCUGUCUGCAGUACACAUGCAAGAGUUCCAUUCACCACCGUAAUGCAUCUCUAUUGUAGACCUCUCUAUGAAAUCCAAAUGCGUACUAACUGUGACACCCACAGUUCUGAGUAAAUGAAACUUGACUGCAACUUUAAAAAAUGCUUUCCUGCAGUCACACAUAUAUCUACAGCACUUAUGCUUGGAUGGAUUGUAAUAGUAGUGUCGUGUAAGUGAGAUCUUGAAUGGUGUCUGAGGACAUUCCUUUUUGAAUUUAUUUCCAUCGCCAUUUGGAAAUAUUUUAUUGUCGUUGUACUUUGUGAAAAUCAUGGAACAUGUUUUUGGUUCCCAUCAUGGCACUUUUAAGAAAGGGGAUCCAACCUGUUUCAACCCAAAGUUUAAAUUAUGUAUUCCUCUGUUGCAAUGUCAAAUCUUGUUUUCUUUUCUUUUUGAAGUGUACAAUCUUUUUUUUUUCUUUUUUUUUUUAAACAAUUGUUCACUUUUCGCACCCAAGUUGUCUACAUGAAGAUUGCACAUAGUCACUGACACAGAGUCAGGGUUCUCUAAGAAUGUGUUUUGUCUGUAACACAGCUGUACAAUUAUUUUUCGACCGGUGUUGUAUAGGAAACCUUUGGAGGAACAGCAAAUGACACUGUUGGACAUAAAAGCACUCAAAAUACUUGUUAUGCUGCACAGCCUGCCUUUGAAAACUAUGUUGUAAGUCAUGAAAAAAACAAACUAUUAAAUGAAUGUAAAUUAAA